AAAGCCGGCAAUUAUUGAGGCAGAAAUUCAGCAAAGCAGAAGAGACGUGUUAGCAAACAAGUCAAAAGUGUCAUCCAUGCAGUGCCAAGUGUUUAACUGGUGCAGGAACAUGCCAACAGGUGGACAGGUAUAUACUAAAAGCAUGGAAAUCUCCCCAUUGUGGGAGGGGCAGAGACACAAACUGCAGGAAAUCUCCCCAUUGUGGGAGGGGCAGAGACACAAACUACUGCAGGGAAAUCUCCCCAUUGUGGGAGGGGCAGAGACACAAACUACUGCAGGAAAUCUCACCAUUGUGGGAGGGGCAGAGAUACAAACAACUGCAGGAAAUCUCACCAUUGUGGGAGGGGCAGAGAUACAAACAACUGCAGGAAAUCUCCCCAUUGUGGGAGGGGCAGAGACACAAACUACUGCAGGAAAUAUCACCAUUGUGGGAGGGGCAGACACAAACUACUGGAGGAAAUCUCCCCAUUGUGGGAGGGACAGAGAUACAAACAACUGCAGGAAAUCUCCCCAUUGUGGGAGGGGCAGAGACACAAACUAUUGCAGGAAAUAUCACCAUUGUGGGAGGGGCAGAGACACAAACUACUGCAGGAAAUAUCACCAUUGUGGGAGGGGCAGAGACACAUUACUG